UAUGUCAUCUCUCUGGGACUGUUAAUUUUUAUAAUACCAAUAAGAGAGCAAGGAAAAAAAUCCUGAUAAAUAGUAGAAUAUCCAGACUUUUUUUUUUGGUGGUUCACAAUUGCAUUAAUGAAUUUCAAAAGUUCUGUUUGUUGCUGCUGUUUUGACUCUCCAAGCCAAAGAGUUGGAAGAGGAUAAAUUCAGUUGAGUUGUACCUAAACAGAUCUUUGUGCAGUCUGGCAAAAUGGCUGACAGCCCCAACUGUGACUUGAAGUCUCUGAGUCCACUUCAGCUGUUUGAAAGAGUGACUGAACAAGGAGAAAAAGUCAGAGCACUGAAAGCAGGAAAAGCACCAAAGGAUGAAAUUGAUGCAGCAGUGAGGAUGCUCUUAUCAUUAAAACUGUCGUAUAAAACAACAACAGGACAAGAUUAUCAGGCAGGCUUGCCUCCAAAAGAUCUUGUAUUAAUAAACAAUGGUACAGCUAAAGAAGAGGAUGAGGAUUUAGUGGAUCCCUGGAAUGUGCAGACAUCAAAUGCUAAAGGCGUGGAUUAUGACAAGCUCAUAGUUCGGUUUGGCAGCAGUAAAAUUGACACAGAUCUGAUUAAUCGAAUAGAAAGAGCUAUUGGGCAAAAACCUCACCACUUUCUACGUAGAGGAAUCUUUUUUUCCCACAGAGAUAUGGACCAAGUACUCGAUGCUUAUGAAAACAAGAAGCCCUUUUACCUUUAUACAGGCAGAGGGCCAUCCUCUCAGGCAAUGCACGUUGGUCAUCUCAUCCCAUUUUUGUUCACAAAGUGGCUUCAAGAAGUAUUUGAUGUUCCCUUGGUAAUACAGUUAACUGAUGAUGAGAAAUACCUUUGGAAGGACAUGACAAUUGAGAAGGCAUAUGAAUAUGCUAGAGAAAAUGCAAAAGACAUCAUUGCAUGUGGUUUUGACAUCAAUAAAACCUUUAUAUUUUCAGAUUUAGACUAUUUAGGGACAAGUGCUGGAUUCUACAAAAACAUUGUCAAAGUUCAGAAGCAUGUCACAUUUAACCAAGUGAAAGGAAUCUUUGGCUUUACAGACAGUGAUUGCAUUGGUAAGAUCAGCUUUCCUGCUAUCCAAGCUGCUCCAUCCUUCAGUUCAUCAUUUCCACAGAUAUUCAAUGGCAAGGAGAAUAUUCAGUGUCUUAUCCCAUGUGCUAUUGACCAGGAUCCUUAUUUUAGAAUGACCCGUGAUGUAGCACCAAGAAUUGGACAGCCUAAACCAGCCUUACUCCAUUCAGUCUUCUUCCCAGCCCUACAAGGAGCACAGACCAAAAUGAGUGCUAGUGACCCAAACUCCUCCAUCUUCCUCACUGAUACACCCAAACAAAUCAAGACAAAGAUUAACAAGCCCCUGGUGUUGUUUCAGAUUAACAAGCACGCCUUUUCGGGAGGCAGGGACACCAUUGAAGAGCACAGGAAGUAUGGAGGCAACUGUGAUGUUGAUGUGUCCUUUAUGUACCUAACUUUCUUCCUGGAAGAUGAUGACAGGCUCGAGCAGCUGAAGCAGGCCUACACCAGUGGGGAAUUGCUCACAGGGGAGCUGAAGAAGGUACUUAUUGAAACAAUGCAGCCCUUGGUAGCAGCUCAUCAAGAGAGAAGGAAGCAGGUCACAGAUGAAAUUGUGAAGCAGUUCAUGACUCCAAGGAAGCUGGCUUUUGAGUUUUGAAGAAAUGUAUAUGUAACUUAGCACUUCAUAAUCCACAGCCAAGUAAUUGUUGUCUUCUGUUGCGUGUCAUCACUCCCUAGUUAUGUACAGCCUGUAAUCUGUGCUUUAUAAAUAAUGAGUAAAUUAUCAUGAACAGCAGAGUACAGAAAAAGUUUAAAAUAGGACUUGUAUCUAUUUAAAAUCAGAAUAUGCAAGACAGAAUUGAUCCCUCUUGCAAAAAAGCAUGUAUGUCAGCCCAACAUUGUAUUUUAAUGUAUUUCAUGUUGAAAAUAUAAAUAAAAUUUCCAUUUCAUGAUAAA